AUGUUUUGUUUUCAUCAUUUUCUAGGACCAACAUUCAACAAAUGGAAACAAAAUGCCAUCACCGUUGCUGGUGGAAAUGGAGAAGGACAAAAAUUAGAUCAACUCAAUGGCCCUGGAGGGAUAUUUAUCGAUAGAAAUAGAAAUAUUUUUAUUGCUGAUGGUUGGUUAAAUCAUCGUAUUGUUAAAUGGGAAUAUAAUGCAAAGGAAGGACAAAUCAUUGCAGGUGGACAUGACAGAGGAAAUGGAAUGAAUCAAUUGAAUCGACCAACUGAUGUAAUUGUUGAUCAACAGAAUCAUUCGAUCAUCAUUGCUGAUUAUAAGAACAGACGAGUGAUUCAAUGGUUAAAUCAAAAGCAACAAAUUCUCAUCGAUGAUAUUGACUGUUAUGGCUUGGCAAUGAAUAAAAAUGGAUUUCUUUAUGUUUCUGAUCGUGAGAAUAAUGCAGUAAGACGAUGGAAAAUGGGAGAAUAUAACAAUGAAGGAGGUGUAGUGGCAGGUGGAAACGGACAAGGAAGUGAACGCAAUCAACUCAAUAAUCCUGGUUUUAUUUUUGUUGAUGAUGAUCAAUCUGUUUAUGUAGCAGAUAUAGGUAAUCAUCGUGUGAUGAAAUGGAGAAAAGAUGCAAAAGAAGGACUAGUUGUGGCUGGAGGAAAUAGUCAAGGAAGAAAUCUCAGUCAAUUGUCUUCACCUUAUGGAGUAAUUGUUGAUAAUUUGGAUCAAAUCUAUGUGGCAGAUUUUGGGAAUGAUCGAAUAAUGCGUUGGUGUGAAGGAAAAAGUGAAGGUGAAAUUCUUGUUGGUGGAAAUGGUACAGGAAAUGAACCAAAGCAAUUGAAUCAACCCAAGGGUUUAUCGUUUGAUGAUGAAGGAAAUCUUUAUGUAGUUGAUUUGGGAAAUAAUCGAAUUGUAAAAUUUGAAAUAAUUUUAUAA